AAUCUUACCUUUUCUCUCUUCCCUCGACCGAGUCCCUCCUCUUCGUUCUCUUUCAUCCUUCUCACCUGCUUCAACCACUACCACCCAUUGCCUACCGGCUUUCUCGUCUCAUACAUAGUCACUUAAUAAUGGCCUUUCGCACAUCCCUGCGGCUCGUCGCCGCCGCCCGCAGUGUCCGCCCAGCGGCAGCUCGGUUCUACUCCCAGGCCACCACCGUACCCACCUCGAGCGCCUCGUCUGUGACGCCCGCCCAGAUCCAGAGGGACGCUGCCCUGCCAAACCCCGACCCGGCAGAGGACUCGGCCAGCGCCGCCCUCGUCCGCGAGCAUGCGCCCUACAUGGUGGCCACCUACGCCCGCCCCCCGCCCGUCUUCGUCAAGGGCGAGGGCUCCUACCUCUGGGACAUCGAGAACAAGAAGUACCUCGACUUCACCGCCGGCAUCGCCGUCAACUCGCUCGGCCACUGCGACCCCGAGAUCUCCACCCUGAUCGCCCAGCAGGCCAAAACCCUCAUGCACGCCUCCAACCUCUACUACAACCCCUGGACCGGCACGCUCUCCAAGCUCCUAAUCGAGCAAACCCUCGCCUCCGGCGGCAUGCACGACGCAACCGCAGCAUUCAUCUGCAACUCCGGCAGCGAAGCCAACGAGGCCGCCAUCAAGUUCGCCCGCAAAGCCGCCAAAACCGCCGACCCCUCCGGCGCCAAACACGAGAUCGUCUCCUUCCGCAACGCCUUCCACGGCCGCACCAUGGGCGCCUUAUCCGCGACCCCCAACCCCAAAUACCAAGCCCCCUUCGCGCCCAUGCUCCCCGGCUGCCGCGUCGGCGACCUCAACGACAUCCCCUCCCUCUCUUCUUUAAUCACCCCGUCCACCGCCGCCGUGCUGGUCGAGCCCAUCCAGGGCGAGGGCGGCGUACAAGUCGCCUCCGACGCCUUCCUCACCGCCCUCGCCCAGCGCUGCCGCGCCGUCGGCGCCACCCUCAUCCACGACGAGAUCCAGUGCGGCCUGUCGCGCACGGGGCGGCUGUGGGCGCACGCCCACCUGCCUGCGGAGGCCCACCCGGAUGUGGUGACGACGGCGAAGGCGCUGGGGAACGGGUUCCCCAUCGGGGCCGCGCUGGUGAAUGCGCGGGUGGCGGGGAUGAUCAAGGUCGGGGAUCACGGGACGACGUUUGGGGGGAAUCCGCUGGCGUGUCGGGUGGCGGUGCGGAUUGUGGAGAGGUUGGCGGAGAAGGGGUUGCAGGAGGGGGUGGUGAGGAAGGGGGAGGUGUUUAGGCAGGGGUUUGAGAGGUUGAGGGGGAGGUUCCCCGGGUUGGUGAGCGAGGUGAGGGGGAGGGGGUUGAUUUUGGGGCUGCAGUUGAGUGAGGACCCGGCGGGGAUUGUGAGGGCGGCGAGGGAGAGGGGGUUGUUGGUUAUUACGGCGGGCACGAAUACGUUGCGGUUUGUGCCGAGCUUGGUGAUGAGUGAGGAGGAGAUUCGGGAGGGGUUGGGGAUUCUGGAGGAGGCAAUUGUGGCGACGAGGCAGUAGGGAGAUGGAUGGCUGUUGGUUGGGGGGAAAGGGGAGAGCGGUCUCGGCCGUUUGUUGCUUCGGUUGGAUUUGGUGUCUAGAUCUCAAGUGCGUGCUUCGUUCGCUCGCUCUAGAUGGAGUUGGGAGUCAAAAGCCUUCAAGUUGGUUGCUCAAGCAUGACAUGACCACGUCUGGAUGGUGUCACUCGUGACGUCUUCAUCUUAUGCCGAUGAAC